UUCAUAGAACUUGUAGCAUUAUUUGAGAAUCAGACACCGAUGAUUCGCCUCCCAAACGUGUCAGAGCUUGAAGAAGAGUAUUUGAAGGGGAGAAGGCUUGAACUAUCAGUGGGCUGCUAGAAUAGGCUAUUCGUAAGGAGAACACUAGACUGUACCCCUGAAAAAUUAUUUCCAUCUACGAAAGAAUUCAUCAAAGAAAAUGGCUCCCUCCCUGUCUCAGGCCUAUAAGAGGCGCUGGUGGAUGGCAGUGACAGCGGUCAUUGAGAACCUGCUGUUUUCUGCGGUCUUACUGGGCUGGGCCUCCCUCCUCAUCAUGCUUAAGAAUGAGGGCUUUUAUUCACACCUGUGUACAGAGAACAAGACGCACCAUGCCAACGAGACACUGCUGGAGGACCUGGACUGGCCCAGCUGUGUGGAGCAGGAGGAGGUGCUCAACCUGGGCUUCACCAUCGGCUCCUUCAUCAUCAGCGGCGCCACGCUGCCCCUGGGCAUACUCAUGGACAAGUAUGGCCCGCGCCCGCUGCGUCUGCUGGGCAGUGCCUGUUUUGCUUUCUCCUGUGCCCUGAUUGCCAUAGCUUCAUAUAAUCCUGCUGUGUUGUCCAUCCUUAUAUUUGUUGCCGUUUCUUUCAACGGGUUCGGCGGAAUCUGUCUCACUUUUACCUCCCUUACGUUGCCAAACAUGUUUGGCAAUGUACGAUCCACCAUCCUCUCCAUUAUGUUUGGUUCCUAUGCUUCCUCUGCAGUCACAUUUCCAGGGGUCAAGAUGAUUUACGAUCUGGGGGUGCCCUUCAAAGGGAUCUUCUGGGGAUGGGCGGGUUUUGCAUGCCUCGUCUUCUUCAACUGUCUCGUCAAUUGGCCCGCUGAGUCCUUCCCUGCCCCCGAAGACCCUCGCUACACUAAGAAGGUCAAGCUGACGGGGCUGGUUCUGGAACACAAAGUGACCGGAGACCGCUGCUACACUCAUGUGACCACUGUGGGCCAGACCCUCAGUGAGAAGGACUGCCCCUCCAAUCUGUACAGCAAUGAGGAUCCACAAGACAGCCAAAGUUCACCUCCAUUCCGCCGCUCGUUCUGUUCGCCAAUCUUUCUCUGGAGCAUGAUCACCAUGGCAAUGACGCAGCUGCGUCUCAUUUUCUUCAUGGGCGCCAUGAACAAAAUGAUUGAGUUCCUGGUAACCCACGGCGACCCUAACCCCACUGAGGACAUGGUACUGGAAGCAGAAGAACAAGUUAACUUCUACUCGUCCAUCUUUGGCACCAUGCAGCUGCUGUGUCUGCUCACCUGUCCCCUGAUUGGUUACAUCAUGGACUGGAGGAUGAAGGAGUGUGAGGAGGAUGCUAACCCCCCUGAGGGGGAGAAGAGUCUUCCUGGGCCUCCAAAACGGGACAGAAAGAUCCAGAAACUUACUAAUGCCAUCAGAGCCUUCAUCUUCACUAACCUGCUGCUGGUGAUCUUUGGCAUCAUCUCCCUCAUAGACUACCUGCCCAUACAGCUGGUGGCGUACGUCCUGCACACUGUGGUGCGCGGUUUCAUUCACUCUUGCUGUGGAGGUCUCUAUGCCGCUGUGUACCCUUCUAAUCACUUUGGGACCCUAACAGGGAUGCAGUCUCUGAUCAGUGCCCUGUUAGCCCUGCUCCAGCAGCCUCUCUUCAUGGCCAUGCUGGGACCCCUGAAGGGCGACCCUUACUGGAUCAACGUCGGACUCCUUGCAUUGUCAAUGGCUGGCUUCCUGUUGCCAGGAUACUUGCUGUACCACCGCAGACAACUGGUCCAUAGGAAGAAAGAGCUUGAACGCGAGGCUACUGACCAUUCAGCAGAUGAAAAGAAACGGCUCACCAGCAAUGGCCUCUCCAAGCUUCAGAGCAAUGGGCAAACAGGCAAAGGACACACAGGCAAUGGGCACAAAAGCAAUGGACAUUUUGGCAAUGGCCAUGUAGACAGCCAUGAAGUCUAAGAAAAGAUUAUAUUGAUAAUAUUUGAGUCAUAGUGGUCAUUUUAGUUGUCAUUUUAUUUUUUUUCUAUGGACAAAGGAAACUAAAUCACAGUUUUAGUUCGUAGGGUAUGUGCUUAACAGACAUCAGAUGGCUAACUGACUAAUGUUUGUGUACCAAAACAUUACACUAUGGGAUAAAACAAAACCCAAAUCACAUGCCAUCUUAUACACAGCUAAGUGACAUUUUUUAACCUCUCAAGGAUAUAACUUAUUAACAAUUAUUAAUGUUAAUAAUUGUUUUGGAUUAUCAGUUUCCCAUCCAAAAACAACCUCAAACAUGCAGCUUUGAGUCUAGAAAGUGCUCCUCUUCAAACAUUUGAUAAUUUAUUAACAUGUCAAAUGUUAAAAUUGGUUGUGUCUCUUUCUCUAUGGCUUGUGUUUAAAAACAAGAAGUAGUUUGCCCCUUCGCAUGAACUACAAGGAGAUCUAAGCAUGCGACCCAGGGAAGCAAUUAAUUUCAACCUGUCAAUAUCAUACUCAUUUAUGACCAAAACUACCAUAUAGCUGCCAUUAUACCUGCCACAUUCACAAACACAUAAUGAUAGUGUUAUCUGCAGUACAUUAAUAUGGAGCCGGUAGAACGGAUGGAUUGGCUGUGUUAAUUUUGAACUACCUCCCUCACAAGUUCAUUCUCAAUCUCAUCACUCUGUUCUGUUCAUUUUGGUGAAACAGUCAAUCCAUGAUUGUUGAUUAUGAAUGUGCACUAGUCAAUAAUCCUAAGAAACACUCUGUUAAGUCUGUUUUCUGUCUCUCUCUCUCUCUGCCCUCUGUGUGUGUUUUACCCCCACCCAGUGCCCCCUCAAACUUUGACCCAUCUAUUCCUUUUUCUUAUGUGUUUGUCUUUGGAUGUUCCCUCUUUCUGACCUGUGUAGUAUGUCAUCAUUGCGUCAGUUGAGUCCCAAAUCUGAUUACUCACCGCUAGGUUUUGCCACAGUUAGGUUUUGUGCUGGCACAACCAUGUUCACUAAAAUAUGCUGUAAAAAGUAGUUUUUUUUUUUAUUUACUUACUGAAUGCUUUUUUAACCUGUUAGCCUGUAUGUUAGUUUACUGCUUAACCAACAUAUUUUAUUUAACUUGUUGCAAUUAAAUUAAGCAGGUUCAGUUGAAUAGCCAUCAGUUUUUAAUGCCAUCAAAGAAAAAUCUUCAUUGUGAAUGAAGAGGACUAUUUAAUCAGAUUGUUUUUGGGCUUGAGAUGAUGCUAUUUCUACAUGAUCAUGAUGAUUAUGAUGAAGAAAUAUGAUGAAGCGGGGCUUCAUCCAAAUGCAGACACAAUAUUGUGUGUUGUUUCCACCUUGUUAGCCUGGUAAGAAAUUCACUUCAGACAAGUAUCCACAAGUAUACUGUAUUAGUGUUGAUAUCAUAUAAAACAAAUUAACCCAAACUUAAGGGUAAAAUCAGGCCUAAAUGUUUAAAUGUAUUGUUAUGUAGAUAUAUUUUUAAAACCUACACAUAGAGGUAUUGAUUUGAUAGUUUAUGGUUUUGUUGUUUUUGGAUACGUGUUAUUUUGCUUUUUGAUCUUCUGUGGCAUGCUCCAUUUUACUGAUAAAUUAAUACAUUUUGCUGCUCUCAAUUACAUUUAAGGAAAUAACACAGCUGUUAUAUGUUACAGUAAAGUCAAUAUUCUUUUCAAGGAUGUUGGAGAUAUUUAAGAGAAUAACAGAAGAUAUAUUGGUGGAUCAAGCUGUAUGCCACUGAGUAGAGUUUUAGCUAUCGUAGAAAUUGUGUGUUUGUGAUUUAAAUGUAUGAACUCAUAUUGGGAUAUCACAGGAACGAUUGUACAGAAUAUGUGAAUAUUUCAUGGCUGCAUUGUUUCAUUUUGAUAAUGACAACGAUUAAUCAGCAUUUUGGUGCUUUAUGCCUUAUGCAUUUGCUGUAUGUCUGUUUAAUUGAAAUAAAAACAUAAUCCUGA